AUGUUCCAGCGGCCGGCGUUCCGCCUCCUGGACGAGGACGACAAUGCGCAGGUUGUGCUGAGCCCAAAGCGGACAGGUGUAGAAGAACAGGUAAAAGAGGCUGAGAACCCCAAAUGGAGACAACGCCUUCGUCCCUGGCUGCCUCUGCUGGGGUACACUGUGAUAGCGUUCACCACACUCGCUACCAUGACGUACUUGAGCUUCUUCGCUGCAACAGUCGACGGCAAGGCGCCAACUAUGUUGGGGUGUCGUUACUUUGGGUAUUGGACGGGUCCGACAUGUGGUCUCAACGGGAUCGAUUGCCAGCCGUUCGAAUCGGACUGGAAACCGAUCCGGUGUCCAACACGUUGCCUGUGGGAUGGGUCAUCAGUGCUGGAAGUCAUCGGAACUGGUGUGUAUAAAGGCGACUCGCGUAUCUGCCGCGCGGCCAUUCACGCAGGCGUCAUCGGCACCAACGGCGGCUGUGCCAUGAUGAAGUACUCGGGUAGUCGCAAUUCCUUCGAAGGCUCCACAGCGAAUGGAGUGACGUCGACAUCAUUUGACUCGUGGUUUCCCAAGACGUUCGAGUUCAAGCCGACCGCGUCGUCAAGCUACUGUACCGACUUGAGCUGGGGCAUCCUCGGCGUGGGUUUCGCGGCAUGCUUUGGCCUCGUCUUUCUUCCAAUGCCCCCUGUCGCGAUGGUGCACACGUUGUGCGUUUGGGGAUUUUUUUAUGUGGCGGUCAUUGCCGCCCCCGACGGCUACGACUACAAAGUCAUCCUUGUGCGUCUCUCCACCCAGGUGUUUAUCGUGGUCGCUGCGGUGCAGUGCUGGUUUCAUUGGGUCAUCCAGCACACUUUCCAAACCUUUCGCACGUCGUCCAAGCCGGUUCGAUUGUAUUUCCCUUGGAACGUCUUGAGCUCGUCGUGUGUUUAG